AUGCCGGAUGAGCCGCGGCGCGUCAUUUUGGAGAAAUCCAAGACAGUGCGACGCCGGUACCAGCGCAGCAAUCAACGCUUCAAAUUUACCGCGUCCCAGGUCGAACGGAUAGAUCGCGAGGAGGAGCGAGAGAAAAAGGCCAAGCAGCUGCGCGAAAAGGAAAAGAAACGUAUCGCCAACAAGAAACGGAAAAUCGAGCAGGAGGAGCGCGCCCGCGAGGAGCGAAAGCGUCGGGGUAUUCCUGAUCCAAAUCUCCGCGUUCCAUCCAGCCAGCCACUUCUUUCAAUGUUCCUUGGAGCUAAGAAAACAUCGCCUGCACCGCCCAAACCUGAAAUUACAAAUACGGAAACAGAGACAGACGUGGACAGUGAUGGAGGGGAUACGGAGCCUGACAGCGCCGCUGGAGAUACGGAAGCUGACUCGGAUGCUUUUGAUGACUUAGAUGAAGAAUUGGAGAAUGAUCUAUCUGAACUUCAAGGUCCUGAUGUCACUGAGAUCCGGGAUGCAGGCGUCUCGGGGGACUCUGACGGCCAUGAUACCGAAGAAGAUCCCCAUCUGACGCGGGAUAAUGAAGAAUUCUCCGACUGCUCGGCAUUUGACGACGAAUAUGUUUUGAAGGAAAUUGAAGAAAUUCAAGUCACUGCUGCAACACCACCUGUUAACGAUGAAACGAACCCCCAAUCCAUACCCAGGCAAGAUUCCUUCUUAAAGGCUCCGGUGCCCGCACUGGGUUCCUCUUUCGGGGAUUCAUUUCAGUUUGAUGCCUCGGAUUUCUUUGAAGCCGAAGCAGCUAUUAUUACACAGACGAUGAAGGACGACAUGAUCGGUCAUUCUAUGCCCAAGCGAUCCGCAUCCCUACAACCAGACGAGCCGCGCAAAAUGCCUACUUUGGUGGCAUCGGAAUCCUUUCGAGACGAUGAUGCUGAUUUCCUUGAGACACAUGGACACCUUCUUGGAGAAUACAAUUAG